CUUCAAUUAAACAUCCGUUCAUGAAACUCGCAUUGUAAGAAAGAUGAGCAUGAUUGCAAAUAAGGGUUUUAAGCAAGCCCCAGUAUGCAAGUUCCUGCUGGGCUCAGCCAUUGGUUCCUCCUUGCUCCUACAGCUGCCCCUGAAGCAAUUUCAGGGAUAUUUUAUCUACACUCACACCAGCCUUUUCGACAAGGGACAGGUAUGGCGAAUUCUGACAUCAAAGCUUGCAUUUCUGGACCUGAAGGACCUGUUUGUCUGCUCCCUGCUGAUCUACUAUUUUCGAGUGUUUGAGAAACGCUUUGGAUCAAGGAAAUUCUCUUCGUAUUUGCUUGGCUCAGCACUGGUGUCUACCAUUCUUGAGGUUCUGGCAGUGUAUGCUUGCAGGACCUUGGAAAUACCCAUAGGACCUCUGCCUACUGGACCGUUAUGCCUGAUCUACCCAAUGUUUGUACCGUUCUACUGUGACAUUCCCCGUGUGCCUCUCUCUCACAUCUGGGGUGUCCCGAUGACGGGGAAAUCUAUAUCGUACAUCCUCGGUCUACAGGCCGCUAGCAGCUCACCGGGGUCGAUGGUGGUCGCAAUAUGUGGACUUCUUGGUGGAAUACUAUGGCGAUGCAACCUUUGUAAAAUUCAAUCCCUAGUGAAGAUACCCGGGUUUAUUGGGCGUUUUUGUCAAGCCACAUUUGGGAGAUUGCUUGGAGAGGGGGAAAAUACACACAUGGACACCACACAGAUUGGGGCAACCAUAGAAAUUCAGAGGCAGGAGAUGACAGAACGUCUUGAACAGCAGGUGAUCUGGCAAUCUGUACAGCAACAACUACAACAGACCCCCCGAGCUGCAGCUCAGAACUUGGUCAAUGGUCCAGGGAUAUUUGGCGCUAUAAAUAACAACAGAGAUGGUGGGGUUAGGUACAGAAAUCUGGAAGAAAAUGUACAAGGACAAGAGCCAGCAGUGGUCUCGGAGGAUCAGGUUCGCCAGCUUGUAGAGAUGGGUUUCCUUGACAACCAAGUGAGAAAUGCCCUGCGUGUUGCAAACAAUGACAUUGCCGUGGCAACUAAUAUCCUGCUUCAGAACAGUUGAGAUUGGCUGCUCGCUAAGUGUGGCCGUGUUAAAUUUCGAAAAAAAGAGGUUUUCAGCUACUUUGGAUUACAUAAAGAUCUAGAGAUUACAUAAAGGUUGGGAAUGAGCGAUACAGUAAUGUAAUUGAGCUAUAUAUUGAUCGUUGAAAUGUUGGAAAAGAUCUGUACAGCUCUGUAUUUGAUUAUUCAAACAUUGAAAAUGAUAUAUUCAGCUCUGUAUUUGAUUUUCGAAAUGUUGGAAAGAUCUAUUUAGCUCUGUAUUUGAUUUUCAAAAUGUUGGAAAGAUCUAUUCAGCUCUGUAUUUAAUUGUUGAAAUGUUUGAAAGAUCUACCGGUAUACAGCUCUGUAUUAGAUUGUUAGAAUUCAGCGACUUGAAAUGUGCAUGUCAUUUUUAAAGAUAGAUUUGAUUGAUGAAAUGUAAUAACAGUCUAUUGAGCUAUUUAAGGAUGGAUUUGAUUGAUGAAAUGUAAUAACAGUUUAUGGAGCUAUUUAAGGAUGGAUUUGAUUGAUGAAAUGUAAUAACAGUCUAUUGUGCUCAGCUAUUUAAGGAUGGAUUUGAUUGAUGAUAUGUAAUAACAGUCUUUUGUGCUAUUUAAGGAUAGAUUUGAUUGAUGAAAUGUUAUAACAGUCUUUUGUGCUAUUUAAGGAUAGAUUUGAUGGAUGAAAUGUUAUAACAGUCUUUUGUGCUAUUUAAGGAUGGAUUUGAUUGAUGAAAUGUUAUAACAGUCUUUUGUACUAUUUAAGGAUAGAUUUGAUGGAUGAAAUGUUAUAACAGUCUAUUGCGCUAUUUCAGGAUUUAUUGCAUAUUUUCUUGCGUUUAUGCUGUGUGAAGGAAGUAGUGCCACAUGAGCUAAUUUUUAAUUUGCUCGCGUGCCCUUAUGGUUCAUACAGCAUAGACGCAACAAUGAAUGCAAUCAAUACUUACAUUUGCAUUUUAAAUAAUUAUUCAUUAUCAUUAAAAAUAAACAGUAUCUUCUGCAAUUGAGUAUUUUUUAUCAUGGAAUGUACCGGUAACUGACAACAUACGUCUGUAUAUAAGAAUAGCUGAUAUUUGUAGAGUUGUAUAUCAUUGGUUAAAUGGUGUCGCUUUAAUCCAAUCCGAGCGCAAUAUUGAAGUAAAUAAUGACGUCACAAUUCUUUGCGUGUUAUACAAUAUGAAUGUAAAGUUUUAUCUUUACGAAUGACUAGGCAAAUGUAAAUAUAUGUAUUUGGUGCAUAUGUUAAUAAUGAUAAUACUCGUAUGACAAUACACAUGUUUGUGAAGCUAGUCCCAUCCGUCAUUCUGGUUUAGACAUCUGAUGAGUUACUCUUCUCAUUCAACUGAGUGAAGCAUAUGAGGGCACGCAUCGCAGUUCUUCAAUUAAUGUGUUCUUUAGGGCUAUUCCAUUUAAACAUAUAACCAACGGGGGGAAUGCACUUUUAAAUUAUCCCACCCUCCUACAAAAGCAAAUUAUCCCUUUUGGGGCCCAAAUUAGUCUAAAAAGACGCCCACCCAUACACUAUUACAAUAAUUUCCUUCCCCCGGGGGGUUAUAUGUUUUACUGGAAUAGCCCUUAACCAUAAUAAUUCAGCCAUGCUGCACAAUUUUGGGCCCUCUGACCCAACUAUUAUAAUUAAAAUAGUCAUUAUGAAAAAAAAUCCAUAAAGGUUCUUUGUAAGGAUACAAACUGAAAUGAUAAGCUAGUUGGAACAAUAAUACGUUAAUUGUGUGUGCAAUAACAUUACAGUACUUCUUUAAUGAUCUUGUGUAUUUGACCUCAAAGUUAGCAUAGAAAAAGGGCAAUUUGUAAACGGGUAUUUUUUGCAAUUUUUAAAAAUUCUUCAUGAAUAUUUGGGUAUUGCAUCCUGAAAUGUCUUUUUACUUUAACAUCAAAUAAAUUUAUUUAAGGCAAAUGUAUAUCUGAAGGCCUAUAAUUGUGCGAAGCAGCUCAUGUAUAAGUGUGUGAAUUUUUAAAUUACCUGUGAUACAUAACAUAGUGCUAAUAAAUGUUUUAUUUUUGUUAGAUUUAGGUUCAUCUAUUUUAAAAACUGAUGAACUAUUGGCGUUAAGGAGACUUUUGAGUUGAUUAUUCAGAACUUUGUUCAAGUUAACAACGUUGAUAACUGCAUCGUUGUUAACUUGAAAAGGUGAACUAUUUUAUGAAGUGCUCAUGUAUUUGCAGAGAACAAGUACAACUGUAGCAGUUGUCUCAAAUCUGGUUAGAAAUACUGCUGGGGUCGUAGUUAAUAAGCAUCUUAGUGAAUAUUUUGAACUUAGUGAGAAUUUCCUAAUUUUUUGACAACGAUUAUUUUAAAUACCCGCUACUUUUCAUCAGAUUUAUUCAUAUGCAUACUUAUAUUGUUUAGACCAUUUCUUGUUAUUUUCAUGUUUUUGGAGUACAAACAUUGUUAGUUUUCUUAUAAUUCAAAUUAGAAAAAAGGCAAUUUUCACUAAGUUGCAAAUUUUCACUAAGAUGCAUAUUGAAUACGGCCCCUGAUCACAAGUGUAUCCAUUACUCUUGCAAAGCAGUAACAAUUUGAAAGUUAACAAAGUACUGAACAAUUGUUCAAGUCUUGAUUUAAAAAAUAUAUCAUAAUAAGGAGAUGCAACUUGUGAUUUUGGUCCAUUUACUGGGUCCUGUUUCGGCCAUCAACUUCCAAGAAAUGCAACAACUUAGCCUUCAAUUUUAACUUGUAAAUUUAUCCAAAAAAAAUAAUUUCCAAGUGUUUGGCUUGAUUUUUCUUGCAUAAAUGUCAACAUGUCAAUAAUUAGCAUGAAGAAUAGAAAUUUAAACUAGCUAAUGUCAACUUGUUGUACUCCAUAAUUGGUAGACAAGUUGACGUUUGUGAAAGUGAAAAUUUAAUUUCAACUUGUUGCCUGCCUGUUAAGUCGACAUGUUGAUGGCAGAAACAGGAUUCCAUACACAUUUAGCAUGUUUCUGAAAAAUUUCAACUCUUAUUAUUUUUUUGUCAGUCAGGAUUUUUUUAAUGUUUUUUGGCAAGAAAUUUGAAACUGAAUUAAUAAAGAAGGAUGAUUUAAAGUACAUAAGUUCACCCACUAAACAUGGAGAGAAAUUCACAUCAUAAUUGUCUUGAAACUAUUUGGUACCUAGUGAAGCGAAAAUAAAUGGAUUAUUGUUUAUGAACAUACAUAUAAUGUUAGUACAUUUAUU